CUAAGUAGUAUAUCCUCAGCUCCAUUACACUUCUCCCACUGAGAGGUGUAGCCAUGGCCUACUAUGCAAUCGCUCCUCUUCUGUGAACACUCAUGCACAAUGAGCUUUACAUGCAUCUAUACAUCAAUCAAACUAUUUCUGGACCAAACCCUAACCAAUUAGUAGUGGUAAAUGGAAGCCAGCAGGCGCCUCUAUUUUUUGGUUUAACUGCCAUCAGCGAUUGGACUAUACUCGAUGGUCCUGGGCCGAAUGCAAGUGUCGUCGGACGUGCGCAAGGUAUGCACUUCCAAUCAGGUCAUAUAAGGGAAAAGUGGUACACAUCCAUGAACUUCUUGUUCGAGGAUACCAGGUUCAACGGGUCCAUGCUUCAGGUGAUGGGGACUACUCCACAAGAUGAUCAGUGGGCUAUUCUUGGAGGGACUGGAGAAUUUGUUGCCGCAGAGGGUAUUGUCGAACACAAGAUAGUCCAGGUAGAUUGUACCGGGAGGAUUUAUGAAAUCAAAAUCCAUGCCUUCUACAUUCCAAUGAACUCAUCGGCGACUAAUUGUAAUUCUUGGAAGCUUGGAGCUUAACAAGUGCAUGCAUGGUGCGAUGCAGAUGAAGGCUCGUCACGCUAAACGAUCAUUCAGUUUAAUACCAUUUGGCUGUUUGCCUGUUUGGCAUGAUGUUUGUUCCCUAUUUAAAUAAGUUUGAGUUUGUAUGCUGAACUACAACUCUACAAGCCAUAUUUGUGUGUUUCAUGCUUUCUGGUUGCUUAUCACUUUAUGUUUGUCGUUUGAAGUCAUGUUCUCUCUGUGUUGUAUUGAUGAAAAGCCUCAAAGGCAGCUAUGGAUAUGGUUUGCAUA